GUGUCGAAGGGACAAGCGGUGAGGAUCAAGCUGCUGGGGACGACGAUGAGGGCAUGGCUGAACCUCUCCGUCGAGGUUUUCGACGCGGCCGCUGAUGCAUUCUGCGAGGACGAUGCGGAGAAGCGGAAGUGGCUGCUGGCCACGCUCAACACGAGCGCGUACCCCAACCUGGACAAGUACCUCACGGCACAGAUCGACAUACGUGAUGUCGUGUUGCUCAAGAAGACCAGCCUCAGCAGGGCGUUACUGGCUGGGGGCCUGGCGUCUGGUGGUCUCCAGGCGUGGUCGAGGCUCGAGCAAGGUUCGGCGCCGAUGCUCGGCUCGCAGGACCUUGUGCUUCGCCAAGGGCGAUCACAUCUGCUCCAUCACGCGGGUUUGGCUCCCGGCGGGGUUAUCGUGGUGAACGUGUACCUCGGAAGUGGCGCCGGGCUCAACGGCUUCAACAUUGCGGCGCUCUAUGACGUGGCGUGCAGGCUGAAGCAGCGCGGCAGGCCGUAUGUGAGCGGGAUCCUGCGGUACUUCGACGGGGAGUGCGUGGACACGGCUGAGCCGACCUGCGCGCAGUCCAUGCGCGCCCUCGACCUGUUCAUCGUGUCAAGGCAAAUGGUGUUCGAGCUGGAGACGACUCGCCAAAGGCUUCGCAUCCGCGCGAUGGACCUGCCGAAGAGCUUCGCGCUGGUCAGGCUUGCGGGGUGCGCGAG